AUGACUACUCCGGAGAAGAUUACGGUGGUUUACAAAUCUAUACAGGGGAGUGGCAUUGAUGCGACUGUAUUCAUUCCUUCCAAUCCCAAAGCGUCAUGCCCAGUCAUAAUCAACAUUCAUGGGGGGGCUUUCAUGCUGGGUGCAUCUGAGAUGGUCAACCAGGACCAAAUCCAGGAUUGCUUAAACCGAGGCUGGAUUAUAGUCGUUCCAAACCAUCGACUCUGUCCACAGGUUGACCUAUUCGAGGGCCCAAUGCAAGAUUGUAGAGAUCUCCUUGCAUGGAUAUAUAAUGGUGAACUGGAACGAUCCAUCCACGAAAACUCGCAUACACAUAUUUCAUGUGACCUUGAACACAUUUUUGCCUUUGGAACGUCAUCCGGAGGCCAUUUGUCUCUUUGUCUGGGUUUUGGAGUACCUCGUCCAGUUGCUGGAAUCCUCGACUUUUACGGACCUUGCCGCUUCGAUGAUCCGUUCUGGACCACAAGCCUUCCACAUAUUGCUGCAAAACUACCUCCGAAUUUGAGUCAAGAAUUUCUCAGCCAGGUGUUUGCAGAGAGACCAGUCCCCAUUCGCGGUGGAGUUUCUCUCGAAGGUCAAGCAGUUCCAGCAGGUCCCAAUUUCAAUGAUUCUCGACAAGCCUUUGCCUUUACGCAAAUAGCUAACGGAAGAGUUAUGGAUACAUGCUUUCCCUCCAGAGAUUGGCAAAAGGUUGAUCCAAUUCUCAACAUCCAUCGUCAGUUUCCCCCAACGUGCAUCGUUCAUGGGAUGGCAGACACGAUGGUACCUAUUUCUUUGAGUAAGGCUUUACUAAAGGAGAUGGAAAAUCAGGGUGUGCAAUGUCAAAUGGUAGAGAUUCCAGAUGAAGAGCAUACUUUUGCUGCCAAGAUGAAAGUGGGCUCGCAAACAUGGAACUUACAAAGACAAGGCUUUGACUUUCUUGAGAGCUUGAUUAGGAAGUGA